CAUCCAUCCGGCUCCCUUAACAGUAACCGAGGCACACCGUGUCCCAGCCCAGCUCCCCCCCAACCCCCUCAGUUAGGACACCGGGUACUCCAGCGCGAUCAGUCCCGUAGGUGCGUCCGGCUCACCCGCUCCUCUCCUCUCCUCUCCUCUCGUUUCGCUGUGCAGUGCCGGUCCGGUCCGGUCCCGGUCGGGUCGCCCCCCCCCCCUCGCCCCCUCCCCCGCGGAGAACAGUACUCCCUGAGCUGGAUGAAUUAUUGGAGAGUUGUGAACAAGUGCGAGAAGAAAGCUGAGGCUCAGGAUCUGCCUCCUCGCUCCGUCCAGGGAAGACACAGCCAGAGUUGUGGACGAUAAUGGAGGGGACGUCCCUGUAUCUUCCUAUUGUUAUUUUACUCAUGCAAUGUUCCCCCUCCGUUCCUGUUAUCGUGUCGAGCAAGCAACACAAGGUGGAGGUGCGGGAGUUCUUAGAUGCGGUCCUGUCCUGCGAGUUCCGCACAGAGAGGGACCAGAACCCACGCAUUGAGUGGAAGAAGAAGGGGAAAGAUGUCUCCUUUGUGUACUUUGACGGAAGCUUCAAAGGUCCCUUUGAAGGUCGGGCUACCAUUGCAGGGGCGACAGUGACACUGAAAAGGGUGACCCAGGAGGAUGCUGGGGAGUACCGUUGUGAGAUCAGCGCUCCUAAUGAUUCUGUAAAUCUGGGCGAGACUAAUGUCACCCUCAAAGUCCUGGUGCCCCCACACACCCCGUCCUGUGAAAUCCCGAGUUCAGCAGUGACAGGCUCAGUGGUGCAGCUGCGCUGUAGGGACCAGCAGAGCAUCCCGCCUGCUACAUACUCCUGGUACAAGGACGACCAGCCAAUGAGCCCGGCGCGGCGCGCUAACGCCACCUAUGUAAUCAACCAAUACACAGGAAUACUGGAGUUUAAAACUGUGGCCAAAGAGGACACCGGUACAUACCGCUGCAAGGCUACCAACGGGGUGGGACCAGCCAAGACGUGUGAGGGCAAGCGCAUGACGAUAGAGGACGUCAAUGUCACAGCUGUGGUGGCAGCGGUGGUGGUGGUCUGCCUGGUCAUUGUGGUCUUAGGAUGCGGGGGAUACCUCUUACAUCGCAAUGGCUUCUUCAGCCCAGGACACAGAGGAAGGUCAUUUUGGAUCUCCCAGUGUCAUGGGGCAGCCCACAUCAGCAGCCAAACCCUGCACAGAACUGAGGACACGUCCAAUGUCAACUACAUCCCUCCGCCCCAAGAAGAUUUCAAACACACCCAGUCAUUCAUGCUCUGAGAAGCUGGCCUUCCUUUAAGAAUACAUCACCCUCGUGAUACGGUGCCAACACUGGAUUCUGAUUUUUAUUUUUAUUUUUUUACUUCUCUGGACUCAGAAUGAGCUCUUGAUCUUCCAAUAAACGCUCAUUUCAAUCUUCCUCUACCACUCCUUUUGGAUGGGUCACGACAAACAUUUGCAAGGCUUCUUACUCUCUUGCUUUGCUGUGUGAGUCGCCUCUUUCAUAAAUGUUUUCUGCUCAUGUGGGAUUCAGUACAAUUUUAUGGCACUCUGCUCCCCCCUGGUGGUCAGAUGUUGAAAUUCCAAUUGAUCUCUAUUCAAAGAUCCAGGGACAGAGCUUUCUACACAUUUGGUUGUUUUCUUCCCCUCUGCAGGCCAAUCAUUUUAACUACCUAUGUUUUUUUUCUUUUACCAAAGACUGAUUGUUUAAAAAAGGGAUUUUUGUUGCUUUCAAAUUUUAAUCCUCACUGGAGAAUUCUCCUCAAAGCCAUAGGGAAAGUGUUUCAGUUGCAUGGUGGUUUUCAGUCUACUCAAAACAUAAAUGCAGUUUACCUCAGCGUCUGCCACAUGCAAGUUUUCUGUAAUACUGGGACCCCUGGCUACCAAGGGCCAGUCCAGGAAACUGCUCCAGCCAAUUAUUGAGACCAACCCCAUUCCAUCCUAAUGUGCCUGCAUGGUCUUUUUAUAUACAUACAUAUAUAUAUAUUCCUUGUGCCUUUUUAAUUUGUCUGUCGUAUUUAUCUAUGGAUCACAGUUUUUUGUAAAGAAUUUGCCUUACUUUUUUCUGUCUUUAUAUUUUUGUGCCACUGUUUAUCAAUGUUUAUCAAAUGGAGUGUCUGUUUUUAGACAGUGUGUGAAUGGUUGUUCAGAGUUUUAUUUGAAUGGUGUAUCAGUAAUAAAAAGGUUUUCUAUUAAAAGCCAAAUUUGCAAU